AUGGACGACGACGAGUACGGCGACGCCGACGAUGUAUUUGCCGAUCUCGUCGCGCAAUCAGGACCAUCGCGAUCGGCUCCCCAGGCAGCAGCAGUACGACCACCGCUAGCACAACCGCGACCGUCACAACCAUCACCAGCCCUGAGAAUCCAGCAGCCAACACCACAGCGACUCGACCGACCGCCACCAUCCAAUGCGUCCGGCACGAGCGGGCCGCCCAAGGUCGUCCAGCCCACCCCUCAAGCCUUACCAGCUCGUGGCUCUGGUUCAUCGAUCCUCGUCUCACCACGGCAAAAAGGAAAUCCGGUGCUGGCUUGCUUGAAGUCGGUACAAUGGGAGUUUAGCGACAUACCCGCCGACUACGGGUUAGGUCUGACGACCUGUGCUUUGUUUUUGAGCCUUAAAUACCACCGCCUCCACCCCGAAUACAUUUACACACGCAUCCGCGGCCUCGCCGGCAAGUACAAUCUGCGCAUACUACUCACCAUGGUCGACAUCCCGAAUCACGAGGACGCACUCCGUGAGCUGUCCAAAACGUCUCUCGUCAGCAACGUCACCGUCAUCCUGGCCUGGUCCGCCGCCGAAGCUGCGCGUUAUCUAGAGCUGUACAAGUCAUACGAGCACGCUGGAUUUGACGCGAUAAGGGGCCAGCAGGCGUCGGGGUAUGCGGAACGGCUAGUGGAGUUUGUGACGGUGCCGAGGAAUAUCAAUAAGGCCGAUGCGGUUUCGCUGGUGAGCGCGUUUGGGAGCUUAAGGCACGCGGUGAAUGCCGGACCGGACCAGGUGAGCGUGGUCAGCGGGUGGGGGGAGAGAAAGGUGAAGGCGUGGUGUAAGGCGGUGAACGAGCCGUUUCGGGUGGCGAAAGCAGGGAGGAGAGUGGCCGCUUCUUCAGCAGCGGCUGGUGUGAGUGAUGGAACUCAGGCACCGACGGAUCCGAAGGGGAAAGGCGUCGCUGCAGCUGGGAAAGCCGUAGAGGAACAGUAUGACGACUUUGAUGACGAUGAUGCAGAUGCUCUAGCGGCCAUCGCCGAAAUGGAAGCGGAAGCGCAGACCGGGCCAUCAAACUGGCCGUUAAACCACCCGGCACCUAUGCGAUCGGCGCAGUCUACAUCGGCGGUGCAACCUAGCACAAACGACGGACUGAGCGAUGGCGUUGCUGCCGCAUUAGCAAAGCUCCGAGAGAAAGGCUAA